CGGCAUGUUUCGCAAGAAAAAAGUGAGAUGGUAUGAUUAAACGUGAAUUAUCAGUUGUUCCAUAAACGCUUUGAAGAUUUGCUAGGUGUGCUUUUGUUUUAUUUUUUCAUAUUUCUCUUUGCAUUUUGCGUCAAAAUUGGUGACCUUCCGAGGCCAUGCUUUAAAAGUAAGCGGCAUUCGGGAGCCCCCGCACGCGCGCAGUAGAGCAAUCGAGUGGAUAUACAUACGUAUGUACAUACGUGCAUACAUACGUACGUACGACGCACAUUCGGACAACGCGCAGAGUGACCCCUGCACAGAUACUGACCGUGGCGUCCAAUGGAGGAAGACUCCUUUAAGAACAGACUGCUGAAGCGCAACAUCGACAUAUGGAUAGAGAAGUAUCGACCUGAGUGCCUAGACGAUGUAGUGGGAAACCCCUUCGUCAUAAACACGCUCAAGAGCAUCAUCGUGUCGGGCAAUAUGCCCAACCUGCUCCUAGCUGGUGCCCCUGGUACUGGGAAGACGACGAGCAUUCUCUGCCUGGCUAGCGAAAUGCUGGGGGCUCAGGCGAAGAAAGCCGUCCUGGAAUUGAACGCCUCAGAUGACAGAGGAAUUAACGUAAUCAGAGACAGAAUAAAAAGUUUCGCAAAGGAAAUUAUAAGUCUCCCCCCAGGGAAACACAAAAUUAUCAUACUAGAUGAAGUAGACUCCAUGACCACAGCUGCACAGCAGUCUUUAAGAAGAAUCAUGGAGCUGUACUCGGAUACCACUAGAUUUGCUUUAGCUUGUAAUCAAUCUGAGAAAAUAAUUGACGCACUUCAAAGUAGAUGUGCCAUUAUACGAUACUUUAAAUUAUCAGACGAUCAGGUUUUGAAACGAAUUGUAAAAAUAUGUCAAUUAGAAAAUAUAAAAUACACAGACGAUGGGUUGGAAACCCUUACGUUUAUAGCAGAUGGGGACUUAAGGAAGGCAGUCAAUUGUUUGCAGUCAACUUAUGCUGGGUUAGAGGUUAUAAAUAAGGAAAAUGUGUUAAAUAUCUGUGACAUUCCUUCUCCUGAAAGAAUUGAGAAUUUACUAAAAUUUUGCAUCAACAGUGAGUGGAAGAAGGCACAUGACAUAGCGUACGACAUGAUAAAGGAAGGACACACCCCUUUCGAUGUUGCUCUCACUUCUUCAAAUGUGUUGAGGAGAUACGACUUGGGUUCUGAGGCUGUACAGAUCGAGUUCUUAAAAAUUGGCGCCAUGGCUUGUAACACCAUGGCGAGUGGUUUGGCUAGCGUCAUCCAGCUGGAUAAGUUGCUCGCCGACUGGUGCAUAGCAGCGAAGGCCUUCCGCACCAAGUGCUAG